AUGUCGGUGGCGCCGGCGGUAAAGCGCGAGCGCGACUGCGCCAGCGGCGGCGGCAGCCCCGGCCGCAAGCGCCGCAAGCAGGCGGCGCCCGCUCGCGCGCACCCGCCGCCGCUCGACCUGCACGCCAAGAUGGCAGACAUCUACAAGAGUGCGUUUGCGUUUGGAGAGCUCACGCUACCCACUUUCGAUCCUCUCGCCGCCUUCCGACUGCUACCCCGUCAUGAUCCACCUCGCAUCUUCAACCCGGAGGCUUACUGCGAUCUCUGCUGCAAGGAAUUCUGCAAUAAAUAUUUCCUGAAAACUCAUCGUGCUAACAAACACGGUAUAUACGAUGGCGAGCAGCAGCCGCACCCCGGUCUGCCUCCCCAGCCCCAGCCGUCGCCUCCACGACGAGCCUCCGACGAGGAAUCCGGUGGAACACCGCGAAGACUCUCCCCGGAUUCGGCGAGACGAGCCCGUGAGGCAGCCUUCCAGCCAGAUGUUUUACGACGCCUCGGAGUUACGAAUCCGGAAGCAUUUUGUGAGAUAUGUUGCAAGGAGUACUGUAAUAAAUAUUUUUUGAGGACCCAUCGUGAACGGAGGCACGGCGUUCCGGUACAACGGUCGCCGAUCGAGGAAAGAUCACCGGCAGCAGUCACUCCGCCGACGGCUACGCCACACUCGUCCUCACCGUCCGCGCCCACGCCACCGAGACUACUCUCGCUGCCACUACCUUACGAUACGGAGGAGCCUCUCGAAGUGAAAAGGGAACAAGAAGAUCGAGAAGAUUUUGAGGCCGUGCUGCGAGAAGGACAAACUAGUCCGUUAAAUUUGAUCGUGGAGGAGCGCGGAGCGGCAUCCCCCGGGUCCGCUAGCGAGGAGCUAAGAAAGUUACAGACGAUGAUAUCACAAUUAAACGAGCUCGCAGCGGAGCGUCUCGCGGAGGAACCGAACGAGACACCGCGACCUCCCUCCUCCUCGCCACCUCCCCAAGAUGAACGGCGGUCCGGCGGCGCAGGAUCCAGUUUCUGCGAAAUUUGCAAUAAGGAACUCUGCAACAAAUACUUUAUGCGAACACAUAUGCAGCGUAUGCACGGUAUUUCAUUAGAGAGCGGAACGCAACUGGGCGGCGUCACCUGCGACAUUUGCCACAAGGAGCUGUGUAGCAAAUAUUUUCUACGAGUGCACAAACACAACACACACGGCAUCCCCGCGCCGCCCUCGCCGGCCAACGCCUCGCCGGCCGAGCCCUGUCCGCUGUGCUCGCGUCGCUUCCGCGGACCGCGGGCGCUGCGGGCGCAUCUGCUCGCGGAGCACGCGCCCCCCACGCGACCGCCGCCUCCUCCGCCGAUGCCUCCGCGCCCGCUAGACCUGCUAGCUAGGGACAAGCCGUACGCCUGCGCUUACUGCCCCUUCACCACCGAGGUCCUCGCCUUCCUGUUCGCUCACGAGCGUGCGCACAUACAGCGCGCCAACGAGCAAGCGGACAGCGUCGACGCCGAGGGGGAGGUCACCAACGAGGAGCCGAGCGAGAGCGGAGAGAUCGGAGGCGAGGCGGAGAGCGAGGUGGACGCGUACUCGUGCUCGCGCUGCGAGUUCCGCGCGGAGGGCUUCGCGGCGCUGGAGGCGCACGUGCGCGCGGCGCACGGCGGCGCGGGCGCGCUGCUGGCCGUGCCGCGGGCGCCGCGCGCGCCGCUCACCAUGCAGCCCUUCGUGCUGGAGGAGGCGGGCGGCGCGCUGAGCCUGCUGCCGGCGCUGGUGUUCCUGCCCGUGCGGCGCCGCGCCACGCGCCGCGCCACUGUCACGCUGACGCUGACGCCCGCCUAG